AUGACGGACACAGCUAGUACGCCGGGUGUUAUUGUUCUGGAGAGUGGAAACGACGUAGAACCACGGACCAAUGGCGCUGAACAGGGUACCAAGCCGGUGGCGUGAGACACGCGUGAAGUUAGACGGCCGACCGGCGUGCGCUGCAGCGCCGAGCACGUGUGGUGGCUUUGCUCACGCGUGCGGCCCAAUCAAUGGCUGGUCGAACAUGCCAGACGUUUCCGCGGGGAGGGGGGCUAUCGCGCACGCGGUGGCCAAUCAGCGACCAGAACGUCCGGGACAGGGACAUUCUAGAACGCCCCCAGCGGCUGGCACGUCAUUGGACGGAAUGUCCCAGAACGCACAGGAACCAAUAUAAAUAGCGCAUUUUUCUGACGAGUUGUAACCCCUCGUGUCCGCGAGCUACCAAUAAAGUGUUUGUCCACCGAACCGGCUCUCUUCCUGUCCUACCUUUCUUCCGGGUCAUAACAGUUCUCUUUAUGUGCUCCGGAAGACUUUCACUGCUGUGGAGGUUGCGGAGUCCGUUCGGAUGCCGGCUACAGCCCGUGACCUAUCCACCUUGCUUAGCUGUAGGCAAUGUUUCAUUAUUGAUAAGUCUCCAGAGUGGUCUGGCUUACAUUGAAAAUACUAGCUAGCGAUUCACGUAGCAGCCCUUCUGCUCAAUGUCGACUUCCGAUAGGAAUUUUUUCGACGUCUUUGUUGCACGGCGUGGCACAGAAAAGUGGUACCAUGUAGCGCGCAAUUCAUGUAUACGCGUUUGCGCCUACCAGUUCCAGGUGUAGUAAAACAAACACUGUAUUUAAUGACAUAAAACUUUAAAAUUUUGCGAAACAGAAUUUGUAAAGGAAAAAUUCUUUCUUGUAUCAUAAAAAGAAUACGUUUUAACAUGCCUAUCUUGAUCGCAUUUUCAUGAAAAUCACAUUUUUCGUUUCUUAAUUAAAUGAGAGUUCCCUUAUAAUGCGACUAAGGUGAAUUAUAAAUUUUAAUAGGCGUUACUUAUAAAUAUAGGAAAUUACGUGGAUAUUCAGAAACGUCAAAAUUCGCCUAGUCUCGACCUGUUUUCCUUGAAUAAAUCACACCUAAAUUGGAUUCUUUUUUAGAAAAGGAAUUUUGGGUUUCCAGUCAUUUCUAAAUUCAAAACUAACCACAUCAAAUGUGUGUCGUACUACCACAUCCAAAACUGACCUCUCCCCUGUUGGAUCCUACACUGCGGUAAGGCCCAAGUAUCUACUGUCUUGCCCAUCGAGUAAUUACACACAAAUAAGAUCACUUUCAAUUAAGCCUAGAUCAUUUUACGAUUCAUUCUUAUCUCAUCAAUUGUACGGUUGGCACUGUAGUCUGUGCUUGAGUCCGGUUCCCCUGUGACUCCCAUUGUGUUUUGGCUGCAACUGUCAAGUAAAACGCAGCAAGGCAUUAAGCAAGUGAAGAAGUUUGUGGGUUGUUAAUGUAAUCUCAGUUGUUUUUAACAAAAUGCACUUAAAAAUGUUCAUGUCAUCAUAGGCUUUAAAAAUAAUGUUCUGCAUCGCUAAAGUAAGCUUCCGCGGGUUGCUUUGAAGCAGGCCAUUAAAAUGGGAAAUAACCUACAAUUACAUGCACGGAAGUGCAUUUAUUUGUUGGCGUGCCUAACGAAGAAAAAGAGGUUAGAAAUAUUAAACCACUCAAGCGUCAUCUCAGGGCAUUUCUUUCGCCAGUAGAAGGGCACAACUAGUUCCUGCCUGGAGAAGUUGAAGUCGGCAAACGUAUGUUUUGCUUGUUCACCAUCAGGCCUGUAGAAGUGGGCGGUGAAUAUCGGGAAGCAGCCAAUGAGCAACAGGCAUGCGGAGCAGGAAGUUUAAAGGACGUUCAGACUUAUCAGAAAGCAGAAGUAAUUAUAGUCCAGUUCUGUCAGGUGGGAGCGAGGGAAGCGAGAAGGGAAGGGACUCUGCCAGUGGGUUGUGUCCGUAUUUUGUUGCCGUAACUUGACGUGGUUCUAUGAAGGGAAAGAGCACAUAGAGCUCGGCUUUGGCACAGUAUCUGAAAGAGCAUGAACGAGCGUCUUCUACGAGCACAAGGCCAGAUUGGUUAACUGCAUGGCCACCGCCUCUACCGCUUAAACGGCGUCUUAUGUCGACUGGAAAUGUUUGAUUUAAGUCUACACGACGGUUCAGGUCAAGCAUGUUAGUCACAACUGCGCCCUGAUUUAGUUACUAACCCUCCCUACCAUUGGCAGUCUCACGUAUUUCUUUUCGUGCCCAUUUAAGAUUAGCAUUCUCUGGCUAAUUACGUGGGACUCUGGGAUGAACGACAACACCGCAAGCGCGAAAUAUGAUGCGGUGUAGUUUAUUUCAACAAGCCACUAAAUGUCUCCUGUAAACGUCCUUUCCAUCGAUCCUAUUACACUGAAAGAAAUCCUUAAGUCGAAGAGACAGCCAGAUAUGGGAAUUACUUGGCAGCUCAGACUUCCUAUUUCACCCAUAGCUGUUCCUGUUUCGGUUUGAUUUGGUGUAGAUCUUUCAGAAAUUUUGAUAAAGCCGGUCUUCCCAGUCGGUUUCUGAGGUUGCCUGUGUGGGCACAAAACGGGAUAUUUCUGUCGGGGGAAAUCCCCCGGAUGAAAUUAACAGCAGUGUAAGUAAGCAUUAAUCCUGUUCCAGCAAGACCUAUUUAAAACAGAAUUGGCAUAUAUGCGUUAGGCAAUAUUGCGAGUUGUAACUGGUUGAAACCGCUUCCCCCAGCAGUUUGAAAUAUAUCGGUAACAGUUCAGGCCAAAGAAAAGAAGAAGAAGAGGAAGAGGAAAAAGACGAAGAAAAAGAAGAAGAAGAAGAGGAGGAGGAGGAGGAGGAGGAGGAGGAGAAGAAGAAGAAGAAGAAGAAGGAGAAGGAGAAGGAGGAGGAGGAGGAGGAGGAGGAGGAGGGCGAGGAGGAGGGAGAAGAAGAAGUAGAAGAAGAAGAAUACGAAGAGGAAGCGAGGAGAUGGGACUAUCACAAGAAGAACUCUUUGUUUGUUAUGCUGACCUUUGCAGUGCAGCAUCCCGAAAGCGGCAUUAUUCGAGGGUCUCGGGCUUUCUCUCUCACCCUCUCUCCGCGGCAUACCAAGUCCCAGUGUGCAGUUUUAACCGUGGAACCGCGUAGGCGAAAGAAGGCCUGCUUGCGGACGCAAACGGCAGCCCUGUAG